GUUGAGAGUUGGAUGUUGGUUGUCUCGAAUAUUUGAUACUACCCUCUAUAACUACACUAUUAGGUACCUUCAUAUUGCGUCUAAGUGAACUCACUACUUUCUCGAAGACUAGACCAACGAAAAAUAUAGUUAGACAGAACAAUAUUAGCAAAAUGGCAACCUCCCACCGAAUCCUUCUUACGGGGGCCAACGGCUAUACCGCACAGCAUAUCCUCUGGGAACUCCUCGAAGCUGGACACUCAGUACGCGCCACCGCUCGCUCGCAGUCCAAGAUCGACCUUAUCAAGAAGUCAUUCAGCAAAUACGCCAACACGCCCAAGCUAGACUUCGGCGUCGUGCCGGAUAUCACCGUCCCCAAGGCCUUCGACGAGGUGCUGAAAUCUACGCCCCCGUUCGACACAGUUGUCCACACUGCUUCGCCUUUCUUCCUCACCUCGACCGACCCCACCGUAUACCUGGAGCCGGCCAUCAAGGGCACCACAGAGAUCCUCGAGAACAUAGUCCGCGUGGCGCCGACCGUGAAGCGGGUCGUCAUCCUGUCGUCGUUCGCGGCCGUCGCAACGCUGCACGAGAACCCCAUCUCCGACCCGCCCAAGGUGUACAAGCGCGACGACUGGCUGGCCACGACGCUCGAGGAGGCCAAGCUCGCCACCAACCCGGUGGUCUCGUACCCGGCCAGCAAGAAGCUGGCGGAGGAGGCGGCGUGGAACUUUGUGAAGGAGGGAAAGGGCAACUUCGAGCUGGUGACGCUCGUGCCGGGAGUCAUCCUCGGGCCCGUGUUCGAUCCGAAGCAGAUCGAGGAUCCCGAGACGCUGAACUUCAGCACGUGGCAGAUCUACAACAUGCUGCUGAAGCCCGGCGUGAAAUCGAGCGACCCCGUGCCGCCGACCAGCAUCUGGCAGUACGUCGACGUGCGUGACCUGGCGCGCGCGCACUUGCUCGCGGUAACGAAGCCGGAAGCCGCCGGCAAGCGAUGGAUAACGGUCGGGGGUGAGAUGAGCCAUCAGGAAUGGGCGAAUUACCUACGGGAGGCGCUGCCAGAGAAGAGCGACGUAAUACCGAUCGGUGAACCGGCGAACAUCGCCAAGCCAGAAGGAUGGUUUACCUACAGCGCUCCGGAGACUGUGGACGUGCUGGGUUUGACUUAUAGAACGAGAGCAGAGACGAUCAAGGAUCUAGCACCUCAGCUGGCCGAGUUUGCUGCUAAGGCUGCUGCUGCUCCUGCUGCUGCUUAGAUGUACUUUAUAACUUAGGUAGAGACCUACAUAUGUAGUUGAAAAAAGAUAAGAAGCAGAUAGUUAAAAUACCUGGCAAAUUAUAAGCAAUUUAAAUUAGUAAAAC